AUGCAUCCGACCGUCCCAGUCUUGACAGCUGACAUCACCGAUGAUUGUACAGCAGCCCGGAUUCAUGCCAUCUGCCCGGAACCGGCGACCAUCAUGGCCGGAGUAGCAUGCCAGCCUUAUAGUAGAGCAGGGAAACAAGAAGGGGGCCAAGACAACCGUGCGGCCACCCUUCCAGCCACUUUGAAGAUGGCACAUUACUUGCAAGCCCCGGCCUUGGUGAUUGAAUGUGUAGUUCCAGCAAGGGACAACCAAUAUGUCACUGCACAUAUUCAGGCACUUGAACACCAACUCGGCUACAAGGUAGUCAAUUGUACCAUGAAGUUGGAAGAAGUCUGGUCAGCUCAGCGAUAUCGUUGGUGGCUGUUGGCAACUCACAGCAGGCUGGGUCGUGUGAUCAUCCCGGAAUUCCCCAAAGGGUCCACUCUGGUUGUAAGAGACCUCAUGCCUUAUACCCGUAGAUGGCCAGAUGAUGAGGAAUCCCAAUUGACUUUGACUGCUCAGGAACUGGAACGGUUUCAGUUGGGGGGAGAGCCACUGCGGAAGUACUUGGUUCAGGCCGACCAAAAAUUGCCGACUGCCUUGCACAGCUGGGGGGGCCAAACACAAGGAUGUGCCUGUGAGUGUAGGGGCCAAGGCUUUGCAGAUUUCACGUUGCAGUCCAGGGGCCUUUUUGCCCAAUUGCUUCAGAUUCCGGGGACCAUUGCCCCACCAGCCCCACCUCAAGAGGAUCCGAUUGAGGACAUGCCACCACAGCUGCAAGUUUCAGAUCAUGCAGGAGUGACUUGGAAGCUUGACCAUCAGGCCAACAGCACAGUCCGAAAUCUGUUGGAGGCGGAAUGUGAUCUCCUCAGGGUGCCUUUGUUUGAUGUUCAAGUCUGUGAUUUGGAUGGGAACCCUUUGCCUGAAGACGCCAAACUGGCAGAUCAACAUGGAGUACUUUUGGUUAAGUCAUGGAUCAAUCACCCAGUUGAAUCGGAGCCACCAGCAGAAGUUCCCUUUGCACCUGAAGAUCUGCUCCCAUGCCCAGGACCAGCUGACCCGAUCAACCCAGAGGAACCUGCCAGUGCCGUCGCUACUCAGGUUGACUCAGAUGCCGACCAGCUUGCCCCGGUAGAUCUGCCAACUCACACCGAAGACCAUGUCCCGGCACCCGUGAGCCAAUAUCGAGCAUCCGAUACCUCCGUCUUGCCGUUGUUGCAGUUGACCCCAUCUAGCCUGCUUGAAAUGUUGCCGCCUCGGACCGAUGAUGCCGAAGUUUGCAAUGGGCUGAGGUCUUUGCACAUUUCAUGGACUUGUAGAGUAGAUCUUUUAGAUCGCCAGGCACAUGCAUGUGCAGAUGAUGAGAUGCUCUGGCAUAUGGAAGCAACAGUCAUGCACGCCAGAAGAUCAGCAGUUGUCAUGGACCCUUUGCUUGCCACCACCUGGAUGACCACAGGUACAGAACAAGCGGUGCAAUCAUGGUUGGACUCAGUUGAAUACCCGUCAGAUCGGAUCAUCACUGCAGUGCUUAGCCAUGGCCACUGGACACCGGUGAUUUGGUUUGUCAAGGCGGACAGGCUGGAAGUUCACACAUAUGACCAUGCAGAUGUGGAUUUGAAUUGCCUCAACUCACUUCAUGGACUUUUGUGUCACGUGUUGGCUUUGCCAUUUUACAAUGUCUCAUGCCAUCGACGCAGCUUUGGUCCCAAUUUGUGUGGAGCUGCCGCCAUCGCUUUCCUGAUUGCCAAACUCAACGAUGGAUAUAUGCCAGCGACUGAGGCCGCCUUGCAAGCCUUCAGCGACCGCCUGAGGGACCAGUUCAAGGUGUCACAUGCAGCAGCCGCUGAUGUCUUGAGACCUUGGUGUUGGGGCACAGGGGUAGAUGAAAUCCCCACCUUGUUGGCUACCUUGCUUCAGUUUCAUGGAGUGCCCCAGUCAGCAUCCAAACAGCGAGCCAAAUUGGUCCUCCAAAGUCUUGGUAAAGAGGCCGUCCAAAAGGCACUUGAAGGAGUGUCCCCCUGGAAGAGCUUGAAGCAUCUUGCCAACCAACACCAACCGUUGAUCCAGUUGGUUCUGCCGGAUGAACUUGCGACCGUGGUGAAAAGCCGACAAGCCAAGAAGGGAUCCAAAGACCCCAAGACGCCUGUGCCCAAAGUGCAACCAGCAAAGCCCUUAGACUUGGAUCCCAGCAGGUUACAACUGGAGCCUGAGACGUUUUGCACGAACCCAGACACCAUGAUGCAGCAGAUACCCGUUGGGCAGGUAGGACCUUUGGCAUCCGGAGUGGCCCUGGUUACUCAUGCAGAGGCACAGCCCUUUUUGCAGGCAAACAAAGUUUUGACCACCAAAGGUUUGGCUCUGUUGAUCGUGAAUGGGCCGCCAGAACUGUGUACAGAUCUGCAGUGGAGCUCCAUCCGAUUUGCGGCACGUUGUGCGGUCAACCAACAACCCAUUUUGCUCCAUGGUUUUCUGGUUCAAUUGGGCAACGCCGUGGUGUGUCCUUUUCGCCGCCAUACCAAUGUCUCUGUCCCUGAUGUCCCAGUCACAUGUGCCAGGGUUACUGUCUUCCGAGAUCAAUGGCCUCAGGAUUGGGAAUCGUUUGCCACCCACCCAGUCAAAGAAGUGUUGCAACACAUUGCUCCGUUGCAGACGUGUCGCAUUGAAGGUUGCACAUGCCACAAAUGGCACAGAGACCCCAUGGAUCAAGCUCAAGAUGUGGUGAUGGAUGUCUUCAAACGCCAGUUCUUCACAGAUGGGGGUCGACCGACCCGGGCGCACCAGGCCAGCCACUUUAGUGUCCAACUUAGGUACCUGAAGCAGCAAGAAACCCAGGUCCUGCAGUGUAGUGGUGUCAAUGGCUUGUACAUAGAACCCAGACUGCCAGAUUCGUCUACACCGUCUGAUGAAUUCCAGGUGAUUUGGUUACCACAGGCAACAUUGUCGGAAGCCCAACACAGCAUGCAGUGUGAGCCCCUCAGCAUCGGCCUGGCACGAGCCGGCAGACGGUAUGGCAUCAGAGUGCAAGCCAGGCACUACCAAACACUGUUUGCCAAGCUCAAGCCUGACAGCCAAUUCCUGGCGCCUGGUGAACGCCUUAACUGGCAUUGUGGUCCCUGGCCGUUUGGAUCAGAUCGCAAAAUGAUUGCCAAGGUCUUUGGAGACAUGCAGUGGCAAGCCAGACCGUUACAACCACACCGCACGGUCGAAGGUGGUAUCAUGUGGUUAGUGCAAAGUGUUACACCGCCACCUCAGUCGGUCUGGAACAUGUCUCAUGGUCCCGUGGUAGUGUCCCAGUGUGAGUCAGCCUCAGCCAGCAUGACGCAGUCCAACCAUGUCAUUGGCACCCAGGCCACAGUGGAAUUGUGCAGUUCCUCUGCUGAUGUUGACCCGUGGAUGACCAGAGAUCCAUGGCAAGGAGCCCUCAAAACGGUCCCAACCUCAGCAAGCCCGAACGUGACCACUCAGAUUCAGGAACUGGAAGAGCGGUUGGAGAAGACCACCAUGGCCAAACUCCCAUAUGAGAAAAUGGACACUGACGAAGACGACGACAGAGUGGGCCAAUUGGAGCUCCAGCUCCAGCAGUUGGCCCAGCGCCAACAGUCCCUUGAGGGCAUGGUGAAUGAACACCACCACCAACACACGGCACAGGUCCAGACAUUGCAAACCCAAGUGAUGUCACAACUUGAGGUCCAGCGAUCUCAAAUGAAAGGCAUGUUCGACGACCAAAUGAGCCGGUUGGAAGCCAUUUUGGCAAAGAAAGGGCGCUUUGAGUGA